AUGUCCUACACCGUUCUACAACAACAUCAACAACACGAGCCGCAUCAACAACAAAUGUUCCAACGUCAACAGAUACAGCAGUUUUAUCCAGAGGUAACGGAACCAACAAACGUAGCAGUGCCUCAUGUGCCCCCCCCAAGUCAUCAAAAUCCAGACGAAGGCUCGUCUCUUACCCUAGUAGAAGAGACUCUUGUAAACGAGCUUGGCGUCAAAGGUACAUCCCAAGUACUGUGUAUGCGCUGGACCGGGAACGUGACACGUACAGAGCUUAACUCCAAAGUGGUCGAUUUGACAAUAUCAGGACCAAACUCUCUCAAAAUGAAUUUAAAGGAUACCCGCACUGUAAAGGAUCUUUCGUUACCCCGACAAUCCCUCAACUACAAAAGUUUAGCAGCACGAUAUCGACAUCUUCAAGGCCUACCUGUUGCUAGCUACCACAACGCUGUUCCUCAAAUACUGAUAGGCGUAAACAAUCUUCAUAUGACCGUUCCGUUACGCAUUAAGGAAGGUCUCAGGGAGGAUCCCACUGCAGCAAAAACUAGAUUAGGUUGGUGUAUCUACGGUAGCAUGGCGUGUGAGAAGUUGAAUGAUCAAUCUGCUGAAACACUCGUCUCUUUCAUAAACUGUCACGCGUGUGACUGCUCGAGCGAUAAAAAUCUUCACGACUUGGUUAAGAACUUUUUUGCGAAAGAAGAUGUGGGGGUUUCUCCGCCAGUUGCAUUAGAGUCUAAGGAAGACAGCAGGGCUCGUCUACUGUUGGAACAAACAACUACUAGAAUCUGUGACAGGUUUCAAACAGGAUUAUUAUGGCGGUUCGAUAACUUUGAGCUCCCCGACAGCUACCCGAUGGCCGCCAAAAGAGAAGAGUGUCUUCAACGAAAACUGAAUAAAUCUCCAGAGCUACGGAUUAAUCUUCAAAAGCAACUAGAUGAAUAUCAAAUUAAAGGAUACGCCCAUCGAGCUACGAAAGCGGAACUCGAGGACACAGAUCCACGUCGAGUAUGGUAUCUGCCCCUGGGGGUUGCCAUUAACCCUAGAAAACCAGAAAAGAUCCGAAUGAUAUGGGAUGCCUCAUCCACGGUGGAUGGAAUUUCACUUAAUGCAAUGCUUUUGAAGGGCCCUGAUGAACUUCCUCCGUUACCUUGGAUACUAUUCCGCUUUAGGCAAUUCCCAGUAGCUGUUUCGGCGGAUAUCUCAGAAAUGUUUCAUCAGGUGAGAAUCCUUCCAGAGGAUAAACAAGCGCAACGCUUCUUAUGGCGAAAAGAUCCUAACCAAACACCGGAAAUCUUUGUAAUGGAUGUGGCAACCUUUGGUUCCACUUGUUCUCCGGCAUCCGCACAGUACAUUAAAAACAAAAAUGCACUUGAAUUUAAAGAAAACUAUCCACGGGCUGUAGAGGGAAUAGUCAAGGGUCAUUAUGUUGACGAUUAUGCUGACAGCUUCGAAACGCCGGAAGAGGCAGCUAAGGUCUCUCAAGAUAUUCGAAUGAUACACUCGAAUGGUGGAUUUGAUAUCCGGGGUUGGGUUUCAAACAGCACACAAGUUCUCAACGAUUUGGGAACAACUUCAAUUCAUCAAUCAAAGAAUUUGGAUCUUGAUAACAGUAAACUUGAUCGUGUCCUUGGAAUGCAUUGGACCUCUGUGAGCGAUUCGUUGAGUUUCUCUACAACACUUCCCGUUGAAUUUCAAGAAAUAAUUUCAUUGAGGGAAAAACCAACAAAACGUCAAGUUCUAAGAUGCUUAAUGAGCUUUUUUGAUCCUUUGGGACUUCUGGCAGCCUUCAUACUCCACGGAAAGGUACUUCUCCAAGAUAUUUGGCGAUCCGGGAUAAAAUGGGAUGAAAAAAUAGACGAUCGAUGCUUCGACAAGUGGCAACAAUGGACUGAUCAAAUUCCACUUAUUUCAAAUCUUCGUAUACCCCGAUGCUACUUCGAAGGAGUUACCCGAACGCACUACAAGCAGCUAGAGUUACAUAUUUUCGUUGACGCUAGUGAAGACGCGUAUGCCGCAGCUGGCUAUUUCCGUGUUCCCGACUCCUCGGGUGGAUUUUCCUGUUCGCUAGUGAUGGCCAAAACAAAGGUUGCCCCCUUAAAGCACUGGUCAAUACCUCGCCUGGAACUUCAAGGAGCUGUCUUAGGUACCCGGAUUAGAACCUUUAUCGAGGACGGACACACCGUAACCGUGCAACGUGUUGUCUUCUGGACUGAUUCCAGCACUGUCCUUGCCUGGAUCCGGUCCGACCAUCGUCGAUACACGCAAUUUGUGGCCUGUCGAGUCGGAGAAAUUCUCUCUUCCACGGACGUAUCCGAGUGGCGUUGGGUACCAUCGAAAUUGAACAUCGCCGAUCAAGCAACCAAAUAUAGUGAGAAACCACAGCUUCAUCAAAACGACGAAUGGUUCAAAGGACCUCAUUUCUUACGAGACGAAGAGAUCAACUGGCCCCAACCGAGGAAGUUGCCGGCAACAACUGAGGAAUUAAAAAUUUCAUUCUGCACGCACCUAAAUAUUUCUGUUCCUCAGCCAAUUCUUGAAGAACUUAAAGCGGCUGAAAAUGCAAUACUGCGCCUGGCACAAUGGCAAGUUUAUCCCGUAGAAUAUGAGCUUUUAAAGCGAAAACUGGAGAACGAGAACGUGAUCCUUGAUAAAAAUAGUGAGAUUUAUCAAUUGAACCCGUAUUUGGACGAGCAUGGAGUUAUGAGAGUUGACGGUCGCAUCGGUGCAGCGACGAACGUUUCGAAUGCAGCUAAAUUUCCUGUUAUCUUGCCGAGAUCGCAUUAUGUUACCGAAUUAAUCAUACUCUACUAUCAUCGUAAGUACCUGCACGAUUAG